UUCUAUAGUUCGACUUCCAUAUUCUUUUGUGCAUACAUUAGGGCGACAAUCAUCAAAUAUCAAUGGCUCAAAAUGGUGAUUUUGGUAUAGUUGGGAAACUUGUAAUUGAAUUGGAGGUCAGUUCCCCUGCUGAUAAGUUUUAUACUAUUUUCAAGCACCAAAAAGAUGUCCCAAAGGCAAUUCCUCAUCUUUUCACUGACGGCAAAGUUAUCGAAGGAGAUGCAAGACGCUCCGGUUGUAUCAAGGAGUGGAAGUAUGUCCUUGAGGGUAAAACGAUCUCCGUAACAGAAAAAACAACACAUAACGAUGAAACAAAGACGUUGCAUCACCGUAUAUUUGAAGGAGAUUUGAUGAAGGAUUACAAGAAGUUUGAUUCAAUAAUUGAAGUUAAUCCAAAGCCAACUGGACAUGGAAGCAUUGUGACUUGGUCUUUUGUGUAUGAGAAAAUCAACAAGAAUUCCCCAACCCCCUUUGCUUAUCUUCCUUUCUGCUAUCAGGCUAUUGAAGACAUCAACAAUCACCUAGCUGCUUCGGAAUAAAUUAUGGAUAUAUGACAUCUAUGCAUGAAUCCAAGUGUAACUUGGUGUCAUAUAAGCCAAAUUAAUAUCUAAAUAAAUCAUAGAUGCUUUCUAUAUGGAAAAUAAAUAAAUAUGUAUAAGCCAUAUCUAUAUGGCUUCUAUGUAUCCUAUCUAAAUAAAUAAAUAUCAUAUGUCGAAGCUCUAUGAAAAAAAAAAUGUAAGAGACCAUAAGUAUAUGGCUUCUAUGUAUACCAUCUAAAUAAAUGAAUGUGAUAAGAUCGAAACUUAUUGGGUA